AAAAAGAAAAUAUAUUAUUUUAUAUUUGUUUGCACCUAACCUCUUUGAUCUGUCCUCGGGGAUAUGUCACACAGCUGUCUAGGCAUACCAGAGUCUACGGCUAGUCAAAGACUCAACGUUCCCUUGGCUGCAUCUUUAUAAUCUGUGACCUGUCGUUCAGACUCUUUACGUUCAGCAGAAACACGAUCAUCUGCAGGUUGAGCAAUAAAUUAGCAAGAACAGAGACUUGUACUGCUUCUUUUCAAUAUGAUCAGGAAAACACUGUCCACUCGUAUUGAGGAAUUUGAGGGAAAGCAUGUUGGGUUGACUAGAAAUGCUAAAGAGUGUUGUAUGUAUAGAGUGCAUGAGCAAUUACGUGACGUAAGCGAGAAGGCUUACACGCCUGUGUUGCUUGCCAUCGGUCCUUACAACGACCAAGGCAAGGUUGGCCAGGGGUUUAUGGAAGAGCAUAAAUUGCGCUAUCUACAACAAAUGCUUAAAAGAACGAAAGGAAGUGUAGAAACAUACAUUGCCACCUUGAAAGAAUUGGAAGAAAGAGCUCGUAAUUGCUAUGGGGAACACAUUAGCCACACCCCAGAGGAGUUUGUAGAAAUGAUGAUACUUGAUGGGUGUUUCAUUAUUGAGUUGUUCCGCAAGCAUGAAUUCGGAUAUCAUAAAGAUGACCCAAUCCUUCAAAUGACAUGGGUGGGUCCUAGAAUAGCUCGUGAUCUACUGUUAUUUGAAAAUCAACUCCCAUUCUUCGUUCUUGAAAAUUUGUUUAAGAUGAUUGAGAGUAAUCGAUACAGACAAUUAGAAGAACACACUGUCGAUAUUGAUGAGGAGGAAGAUGGAAUUAGUGUUGAAAGCUCAACCUCCAUAGCUCAGAUUUCCAGUACACGACUUAUUGAUCAUGCCCUCAAUUUUUUCUCUGACUUUUUACCAUUUGAAUGGAAUGUCGAUGCAUCAAGUUAUAAUUCAACCGAAAAGAUUAAGAAUCUACUUUUUCUGGCUCACGAAGCUCACAACCCUUCACUUACAGAAAUGGUACAACAACGUUUAGUGGUUGGGUUCAGAUUCAAGAACAUAGAGUUUGAGCAUCUCCUUGGUCUCAUACAUGCAACCAUUUGUAUUUCAUUACUUGAUACGGAAAUAGAUCAUGCUAGAGAACGUCAAGAGGCAGGAGUCAAACUCAAGAAUGCAGAGACAUUUAAGCCCCUAUUUGGUCUGAGGAAGGCAAUUUCUUAUGCUAGAAAAUUUCAGAGGUCUAGAUUCCUAGUCGAAAAGGAAGAGAAACUGAAGCAUCUGGAUGUUCUGGACAGAACUGAAGACUGGAAAUCAAUUCCAUUUGGCUUAGAGCUUCAAAAGACUGGAAUUGAAUUCAAUAUGGCAAAUAAAUUUAAAGAUAAGUUACAUGAGAUUGGCAAAUGGAGAACAAUACCUUAUCAUGGCAUUGCACUUCAAGAGGCUGGAAUUGAAUUGAAGGAGGCAAAGAAAUUUCAGAAUCUGUAUGAUCAAAAUAGGAAUGAAGAUCAGAAGUCAAUAAGUUACAUACUGGUAGAGAAAUUUACUCGUCUACUUUGUCAGCUCAAGAUUGAAACAUGGAAGUCAAUACCUUACGGCAAAGAGCUUCGUGAGGCUGGAGUCGAAUUCAACAAGGCAAAGAAAUUCAAGCAUCUACAUGACCUUACAGAGAUUGAGCACUGGAACAUACACAGUGCCACAGAGCUUAAAGAGGCUGGAGUCAAAUUCAAGAAAGCAGAGAAAUCUAACGUGAUUUCCAUAAAGUUCAACAAUGGGCUAAUGGAGAUUUCACCUUUGACCAUAGAAGAUCAAACAGAGACUUACUUACGAAAUCUAAUUGCAUAUGAGCAAUACUGUCAUCGACCCAACAAUGUGACUUACGUCUCCAACUAUGUGCGCUUCAUGGACCAUCUCAUUAACUCUCCAAAGGAUGUUGAAUUACUCCGCCGAAGAGGAAUUAUCUAUAACAACUUGGGUGAUGAUAAAGUUAUUUCCACCAUGGUUAACAAGCUUGGUGACUAUGUCAGUUUUCCAACCAACAUUUAUGCUAGAACUAUCAUGGAUGUGAACAUGCAUUGUAGGAGACGCAGGAAUGUAUGGAUGGCAAAAUUAAGGCGCGAUUAUUUCAACAGUCCUUGGGCAUUGGUUUCAUUUAUGGGUGCUGUCUUAUUGCUUGCACUUGCAAUUACACAAGCCAUAUUUUCCAUUAUUCAUUAGGUUUUUCGUGCAAUGUAUUAAUCUUGAUGUUUGUUCUCAUACUUAAAUGUAAUAAAUAUUGAAUAAUAA